UUUGAAAUUGAAAGAUUGUUCAGUGAACGUAACGUAUCAUAUUACGUAUCGUAUUGUCUGCCAGUUUUUGUCUGUUAGUCGUCAACGAUGUCAACACGUUUUUCUGUCUUUCGCGUAUCACCACUGACAAACAGUGCGCGAAACCAUUACACUCGACUCGUGAAAAACAAAAACAUAUUUGUCGUCCUGGGUAUUUGUCGCGAAAUAGGUCGACUGGUCGAGGCCCGUCUUCUAAUGUCUUCUCAAAAGAAUGGACGUACGCGCGAAAUUGUACGGAAAGUUUAUAGUGAAUUCCAACGUUAUUAUACCUUGCUGCGACUGAUCAGGGCUGAUCUCGAGAAGAUAAACAAUUUCACCGCUGUAAACGGUAGGCAUUAAAUAACACUAGUUAGAUGCAUAAAUUGACGUAAAACUUAUCCAGUACGACUCUCACAACGUUCCACUUCGCAUCUUUCUUUCUUGCGUUCUUUCAAACAGUUCUUCUGUCAAACAGUUAAUAGAAGCAUGUUAUUUAAUGAUUAUAGUUUUGGUCUGCAAAUUUCGGGAAAUGUGAUUCAAUUGAAGUAUAUGUGACAUACUCAUGCAAUGUGUACACUUGUGUGUAUAAAAGUCGAAUUGAAAACAGAUACAGCUCUUUAAUACAUCCUUUAGAGGUUUACAAGAUGCAUUGUAAAUCUCUGAUAUAUGAGAGGCUGGAGUCCUCGUUACAUAAUUCGUCAGCUGCUUCAACGUCAUUGCGAAGAUCCAUUAGUGCCCAGAACCAGAAGUUAAGUUCCCUCAGUGAAAAUGACGAUGAGGCGGAGCGUGUUGCGCGUCGACGUGUCGAAAUGUCUACAUGUAGUAGUAACAACAGCAGGAGACACUCUCUGGGACUCGGAUUCUUGGCGAACGUACCGGCAUCACAGAUAACCGAGAGGAUACAUCAAUGCAUACAACUGAGCACUGAAAACAAAAUCAAUAUCAAGAAUGCGUUUAGUUUGGAGAUGAUUGAUUUUAUGACGUAUAUGAUAAAGAAAAAGGAUGCCAACAUGUCAAAUCUGCAAAUGGCCAGCAUAUCGUUGGAUGUAAGUACCAAAAUCUAUGGAUUCCGCGUGGACAGUUUGCAUACCGAUACACUUAAAAUAGCCAGCGGAUUAGGUAAGCAAGUAACUGACGAGCAGACUUCUGAGGCAAGGGAGGAAGCUCUGCAGGACGCGGAAGGAAAUGUGGAGGUACAGAAGAAGAAGAGAAAGAAAAAGACCAAACAGAAGAUCAUUAACACUGUGGAGGCUCUGAAGGGCAAUGUCGAGAUUAUGAAACCCAUGACAAUGAUGAUAGGCGAGGGCGAUCUGCAGACCAGCGACAUGUUAUACCAGGCAACGCUGCCGAAUCACGCGAGUUCCGGUUUCUAUCAACAUCCAUACGAUGACGUGAUCGUUGACGUGGUCGUAGAGAACAAGUCCAACUUGGGAAGCAGGUCAACGAGGUACAACGUACCGGCGAUCGAGGACUUCUCAGACUUGGAAAUCUGCCCGUCAUACUCGAAUUUCGAGUUCCUCGGUUGGUCCGUAGAGAACGAGCCGGAAGAGAUGUCGGAAGAUGAACGUAAUAGUGAGGAUAGUAAUAAAUUUGAUCUCGAUGCAAGCGUGAGACACGACAACGAUGAAAACCUGGAGCCGGAGCCGGAGCUGGAGCCGGAGCCGAUGAAUUACUUCGAUAUCAGGCACGACCACUGCGAGGCUAACGUUCAUGGAUUUCAGGAGGUGGUAAAUCGAGGCGAAAAUAUUGUGGAUGUACGCGACGUGAAAACCACGACACCACGAACAACGCUCACGUCCGAGUACUCCUUCGUCCAACCGAAAAUGAGCUUGCAUUGGGCUGGACCGUCCCAUUGGAAGUUACGGAAUUUUGUGAGACCUUUCGCUACUGCCGCCACUACUUCGGGUGCGGAGGUAAUGGGAGCUUGUAUGCAAGCACAGUCACGAAAGAAAAGACAGCUCUUGUUGUCAUAUGACAAGAAUCAUCGUGACAUAAAUGCGAAACUCGCUGCGAGUCAGGCUAACAGAUUACAAGUGAAGACCGCAAAAUCGGAAUGGAGCGCUGGAAACCUGACGUUACCGGAAGACAUGCAUUGCGAUAUUGUUCAAGUGUCUAAGCAUUUAUAUUUGCACCCGGAACUGGCUGUACAAUCAACAAACAACGAAGAAAGAGAGGAAGACGCAGUAAGUGUUGCAGAUGUGUCCGAUGGCGAGAGAUACGAUUACAACAAUCCAAACGAUACAUUAGAAUAUUGUCCCAAUGUGAUUAACGAUGAUGCGGGGAACAAGGAUGAUUGUAAUGACGAAUGCAACUUCGAGGAUGCUGCCGCUGCUUCUGCUGAUGUGUUAAGUAGCCAGGGUUUCACUGGCGACAAUAUGGUAGCCGCCCCCAAACUGCCUAACAGGAUACCCAUUUCGUAUUGCGUGAGGGCGAAAAAAAUCGACAUGAAACAGUUGAAGAAAUCGAUAUGGACAUCCUUGAAAUCCAGGGAUAAUGCGGAACCAUCGGACAUCGGGGAGGCAGUGAAGGAUGCUGCAACAAACACGAUGCAGCAGAGUAAGCAAUUUAGCAACGUGUACAAAACGCUGCCAAAAUUACUAUCGAAACCGAAUGCCGAAGCGUUAAGCGUACCGAUAUCGUUUAUAUCAUUGUUACAUUUGGCAAGUGAAAAGAAUUUAAAUCUUCAUUCUAGUCCAAAUAUGUUUGAUAUUAUCGUCGAGCCGAGUGUCAGUUCCGAAUCGAACGAUAACGUCGACAAUAAUGUCGACGAUAAUGUCCGACAAUAAUCUAAUUCUCUGCUAGACUUUUCUGAAAUUGAUGAUUCGUUAUGUGUCUUUGCUCGCAUCCUCUCUAUCAGUGAGCACAUGUGCUUGUUUUCCUGCAUAUUGUUUGUUGCAGCCUUUACUGCCUCUGAUGUCCAAUGAGUCUGCAUUAGCCCUGGAUUUCAAGCAUGUCCACAUGGAUUUCUUCAAUUGUUGCAUGUCGAUUUCUUCAACUGUCCCAUGUCGAUUUUUUUCGCCUUCACACAAUACGAAAUGGGUAUCCUGUUAGGCAGUUCUGGGGCGGCUACCAUAUUGUCGCCAGUUAAACCCUGGCUACUUAACACGUUAGCAGAAGCAGCGGCAUCAUCCUCGAGGUAUCGCUCGAUCACUUCAUAUCAUAUCAGUUCGGCUCGAAGACGACACGGCGAUCGCGGCAGUACAGAAUGAGAGGAUGCGAGCAAAAAUACGAUAACGAAUCAUCAAUUUUAGAAAAGUCUAGCACAGUGGUG